GUUUAAACCUCAUAAUACUUUUUGUUCAGCGAACAGACAAGAAGCGGAAAAAUUAUAGCAAACAUGGCAGACGCAACUGAUGUCCCAUCUAAGAAGACCCCUAAAAAGAAGACUGCAUCCAAGCCGAAGAAACCCGCGGACCAUCCCAAGUAUUUGGACAUGGUUGUAACAGCGAUCAAGGCACUGAAGGAAAGAAAAGGAUCAUCCAGACAGGCCAUUGUCAAGUAUGUACAAAGUAACAACAAGGUCGGUGAGGAUACGGCUAAAGUCAAUACGAGGGUGAAAGUAGCACUAAGAAACGGAGUGAAAAGUGGCGCUUUGAAACAGACUAAAGGUGUUGGAGCCCAAGGUCGAUUUAGUCUUGGAGAGAAAAAAGCCGGAGUCAAGAAACCCAAGGCAGCUAAGAAACCAAAAUCUCCCGCCAAGAAACCCAAAGUAAAGAAACCUAAGGCAGCGAAGAAACCCGCGGGGGAAAAGAAGGCAAAGAAGCCGAAGAAAGCCUCGCCAAAGAAAGUUAAGGCCGCGAAACCAAAGGCUGCCAAACCCAAGUCACCCAAAAAAUCACCGAAGAAGGCGAAGGCAGCGAAACCUAAGAAGGCCAAGACUCCAAAGAAAACCGGAGCCAAGAAAGCCGCAAAGAAGUGAGAGACUGUUCAGUCAUCGUUGUCUGAGCACAUCGCAGUGAAAUCAAAAGCCCUUUUAAGGGCUAACAAUUCCUUCGAAAAGAUGCUUUCAAUACUAGUUAUGAUAAGAGAAACGUGUGUUGUGGUAGAACAACCAGCAUCGCAAACCAAGGGGUGUAAUUCACUCUUGCUUCUGUAAGCAGUGGGAGGUGGAUUCUACCCCGUGGCUGCGACAAUGCUGUCUUGUUACGGUAAUGUUUUUAAGGUAUUGACAGAGUUUUUUCAUGGUUUUAGGGGGUGGGGGACAUUGACAUAGAGCAGAUUGGAGGGAGUGGGGGUAUGUUGGCGAAAACUAUUAUGAUAAUUUUUAAAGAUAUGUGUGAUAUUUAUAUAAAUAUAAUAUAUAUAUAAAUAUUAGGGUAAUAUAUAUGUAUUUUUUUAUUUCAAAUGUAACUGAUUUUAUUAACUCGUUAUGCAGGCCUAAUACAUAUUGAUAAUGCGGUACAUGUACAAGCUCAGUAUAUUAAAUAUUAUCUUAUUGUCUGAAAAGGUCAGCACUUACUGCAUUCUACGGACAGAUUGCAACUAAAGUAAAAUUUUCCCCAA